ACAGACAGUAAUCGGUCUCCCUUCCGCUUUUGCUGGCCGAGCAAAGAAAUUCUCCGCGUGCGCACAGUCAUAUCCUUCCGUGGAGUCGACACUACAGGAGCAUCUGGUCUUCGGCUCUGAAGGAAGAGAGAAGAAAUGAUGCUGCUGAGAUUGCAGAGCUGGCUUGGAAGACUGGCGACUUUCGCUCUCGUUCUGUUCGUGCCCGGACAAUCACAUUGGUGGUCGGCUGGCUUGCAGCAACCCAACGGAUCCGGCUACUACAGUUGCCGUAACAUUCCCGCCAUCGUGAACAACGUCGAGCAGCAGCAGCUGUGCGAGACGCGGCACGACGAAAUGAAGGCGAUCGCUGCCGGAGCGAAUCGAUCGAUCCACGAGUGCCAACGUCAAUUCCGGUACAGUCGCUGGAACUGUUCUGUAGUAGACCGUGACAACACGGUGUUCGGUCACAUUCUAUCCCGAGGAAUAAGAGAGACCGCAUUCAUAUACGCGUUGACGGCAGGAGGAGUGGCACACGCCGUCACGGAAGCGUGCAGCCGCGGCGAGCUCGUCUCGUGUCGGUGUGCUCGUAAGUAUCCGCCACCUCACAAGGAUUUCUCAUGGGGUGGCUGCCUGCAGAAUAUCAACUUUGGCAUCGGUGUUUCGCGAGAGUUCGUCGAUGCUCGGGAAACAGGCAGCGAUCCGAGGACCAAAAUGAACGAGCACAACAACGAGGCUGGCAGGCUGGCUGUGAAGUCUCUCAUGAUUCGACGCUGUAAAUGUCAUGGAAUUUCUGGCAGUUGCAGCACAAAGACCUGUUGGCAAGAACUUCCCAACUUUGAGAAAGUUGGAAACAAGCUACAUGAAUUAUAUCAACAAGCAAAGACUGUUGUGCCAUUUAUGAUUGGCAGAGACACAGGACUGCGAAUGAAGAACGACAUCUCAAAAACUCCAAAGAGUGAAGAUCUUGUAUAUCUAGAAAAGUCUCCUAAUUUUUGUCACAGCAACAGUGUCUUUGGCUCAUUGGGCACGGCUCGUCGACAAUGUAACUUGACUGGACCCGGAAAUUGUGAUUACAUAUGCUGCGGAAGAGGUUAUGAGAACGUUACAGAGACAGUGAAGACAAUUUGCAACUGCCAAUUUGAAUGGUGUUGCAGAGUUCGCUGUGACAAGUGCAGCAAAACUGUUGCCAGAUAUCAGUGCAAAUCAGAGCUAUCAGAUGUUACUGAAGUACAUACAACUGAUAGUGUCGCUAGUAGUUUGAAGAACAACAAGAAAAAGCAGAAACAGAAGGGCAAAAGGAAGGGCAGAAAGAAAAACAAACGAAAGCAAUCUGUGUAGUCAAAUAGCUGUAUUUUUUAUUGAAUGAAGGCACAAGAGUGUGAUUCUUAUACUAAGCUUGUAGCUUAGUUGCUAUGAGAAAUGGUAAUGACUGUACCUCUACUGCAAGA